AUGUCUGAUUCUCCAGGAAAAGUCGAUACUGAUCAAGACCUCGAAAAAAAUAUUGCAGUUGGUAAAGCAUUAUCACUGCACUCAAGUCAUUCAGUGCUCAGGCAAGGGUCUGUUAUUUUUGAUGAAGGUGAUCAAAAUAAUGUUCAUCGUGGUUUGAAAUCUCGUCAUAUUCAACUUAUUGCCAUUGCAGGAUGUAUUGGUACAGGUCUAUUUGUCGGUUCAGGUGCAGCCUUAUCCACUUGUGGUCCAGCAAAUUUGUUCAUGUCCUAUUGUAUUAUUUCCUUUGUGAUGUGGAUUAUUAUGAACGAUUUAGGUGAAAUGAUUGUUUAUCUUCCAUUAAAAGGUAUGGCAAUCAGUGGUUAUGUCGAUAGAUACGUUGACAAAUCUCUCGCUUUCGCAACUGGUUGGUGUUAUUGGUAUACUUACUCUAUUGUCGUAGCCGCAGAAUCAACAGCUGGUGCCUUUAUUGUUCGAUACUGGACCGAUGAGGUUCAUAUGGCUAUUUGGAUCACUAUUUUUACUAUUCUCAUGGUAGGAAUUAACGUUUUUGCUGUUGGAUUAUACGGUGAAUUGGAAUUUUGGUUUGGUUCAAUCAAAGUUAUUACAAUUGUUGGUUUGAUUAUUUUAGGUGUGGUGUUGUUCUUCGGUGGUGGUCCAAAUCAACAUGGUGUUUUAGGCUUUGGAUAUUGGCAAGACCCUGGAGCCUUUAAAGAACACAUUGUUUCUGGCCACACUGGUAAAUUUCUAGCUUUCAUCACUGCGCUUGUUAAAUCUGCAUUUUCUUUUAUUCUUUCACCAGAGUUGAUUGCCAUUUCCGGUAGUGGUGAAGGCACUGAUCCACGUCGUAAUAUCAAAAAAGCUACAAAGAGAUUUGUUUAUCGUGUUAUUUUCUUCUAUAUUUGCGGUUCCUUUAUUAUUUCCGUCAUUGUAGCCUAUGAUGAUGACAGAUUAAUGAAAGCUGUAGAUGAAGGUUCAUCAGGUGCUGCUGCUUCCCCAUUUGUUAUUGGUAUUCAAAAUGCUGGAAUUCCAGUCUUGAACCACAUCAUCAAUGCAGUUAUUUUAACAUCUGCCAUUUCUGCCGGUAACUCUUUAUAUUUAGCUGCUUCUCGUUCAUUGUUUGCUAUGGCAAAACAAGGUUAUGCUCCAAAAUUCUUUGGAAAUUGUAACAGAUUUGGUGUUCCUUACUGGGCAGUUUUGGCAACAGGUUUGGUAUCUUUAUUGUCAUAUUUGAAUUGCUCCAAUUCAGCUUCCGAUGUCUUUACUUGGUUAACUAACAUCACCACAGUUGCAGGAUUUAUCAACUGGUCAGUCAUUACUGUCACCUACCUUAGAUGGAGAAAAGCAGUUCAAUAUAAUGGAUUAUGGGACAGAGUUCCAUUCAAAACAAAACUUCAACCAUAUGCUUCUUAUUUUGCUUUUUGUUUUGUUAUUAUUAUCUCUUUGGUCAAUGGAUACGCUGUUUUCUUCCCAGAUAGGUGGAAUGCUUCAGAUUUUGUUGCUGCAUACAUUACCAUUCCAAUCUUCCUUGUUUUAUGGCUUGGACAUAAAUUUUUUAUUGACAAAUCUGGUAGUUUCUACAAAAAAAUUGAAGAAAUUGAUGUCAUCACUGGUUUAGAAGAAGUUGAAGCAGCUGAAAAAGAGUACCCAGAACGUAUUGCAAAGAAUUUCUGGCAGAAAUUCUGGUUUUGGUUGGCUUAA